UGCAUCAUUUAUUUAGUUGGUUUCAUAACAGAACAGUUCCCUGUCCUUGUGCGGCUCACAAAGGGAGGCCGCCUGCUCAUGUUACUCUCCUGCCUGAUCCUCUCAGAUAACAGAAAAGCUCUCCAGCAGAAUGUAGCGGCUUUAUCGACUUUUCCAAUGAUGCAUUUGAGACAGAAUUGCCUUUCCACGAGUUUCCCUGCAGGACAAAAACACCCUGCAGUGCAGCAUGAGGACCUGACGGCUGUCUGACUCAAUAACGGGUGGAGUCAUCUUCUUCUGCCACACACAGGAUGCAGAGUGAUCUCACUGCUGCGUCACGGAGGAGCCGGUGGAGGAGGGGCGGUGCAGCGGCGGGGACACAGACCUUCUCCCACAGAGGACAGAGGAACAUCAGCCAUGAAGCAGCUUCCCAUCAACAUCCUCCUGACGCUGGCCACCUGCAGACUCACCAGCUCAGGUUCAACAUUGUGAGUGAGGAACACCUUGGAAAUUACACCUGUGUGUUUGAAAAUGAAGCAGAACUAGAUUUUAUUCUGGCAGUGCCGCAGAUCGGUGAGAGAAGAGAGAAGCCCAUCGUCUCCUAUGUGGGCGACUUUGUGGUUCUGACAUGCAAGAUGGAGGAUAAUAAACCAGUACCAAGAACCUGGAACUGGUUUAAGAACAAUGGCACCGAUAAGGAGCAGCUAUUCGAAGCUCAACGCUACGACAUCACCGUCAACGGGCGCAACACGAAGCUGAAGGUGAAGGAUGUGAGCGAAGCCAACUCCGGCGUGUAUCACUGCGCCGCCGUGUACAACAUCAGCACCAGCACCAGCAAAAUGCACCUGAAGGUGAUUACCAUCUGGGAGCCAUUGAAGCCUUUCUUAAGCAUCCUGGUUGAAGUUGUCAUCUUGGUUACUGCGAUUCUCAUCUAUGAGAGGAGUCGUUCCAAGAAAAAGGAAGCAGAAGCUAAUGGUCCGAAUGCAGACCCAAAGAACACACAGCCACAGGGUGAAGAUGAGGAAGCUGAGGAAAGUGCCUCAGUAAGACAGCGCAAAACCUAAAAGAAGCAAAUUCAAGCAUCUAUUAAAUUGUUAUUUUAUUUUUGAAUGUGAAGAGCUUAUAUAGCAACAUAUAAACAGCUAUUUUUUUGUAAAUGUCUUAAUCCUUAACACCAGCUAAGUGCAAUGACCAUCAUCUAAUCAACUAAUACACACGAAAGCUUUCUGUUUUGACGUUCACUGACCAACAUGUUUCCUGUUGUCACCAACGGCUGAAGGAGUAAAACAUUUAGCCUUUCUCUCCCUCCGGCUCUGUGUUUCAAACUGAGGUUGCCUUCACAUGUUUCCGGUGUGAAGGCAACCUCAAACGGAAGCCGCUGUUCUCUUUUGAGCCUGAAAACUCCCACCCUACAUUUGCAGCUGUGAUGUAAUGAGUUGUGGUUUGUGAGCAGUGCCUUAACUCUCUCAAAAAGCAACCGACUAGCUGCGUUUCCAUGGAAACGCUAAUAUUUUGUCGAUAUUCUGCUAAUGUCGAAGAAAAUUUUGAAAUUGAAAUAAAAAUCGCACAUGAAUAGGCUUGUUCACGCGAUAAGAUAAGUCAUUAAAAAUAAUCGUCUAUUAGAGGAAACGUUCAGGCGUUGGAGUGAUUACAUACGUGGCGUUUUGGGAAAUUGUAGACUUUGAUUUUCCAGAAGAGCUAUGGAUUCAACAAUUUCAAAUGACACACCACUUUUUAUGAACUGUGAUGAUGUGAGAGCCUAGGUGGAGUCAACUGCACAUCGUCCGAAAAAACAAAACAACCAUCCUAAUACUACUUCCUGCCGUCUUCUUUGAGGUUUUCGCGGCUGUUGAUCACGCGACCGGUGUGAUGCGAAGAAAGUGUUUCAGUUUAGCGCAAUAUAUCCAUUUCAAUAGGGCGGAAAAUCUACCUCAUCCUAACUUAAAAACGUUUUCAUGUUUCAUUGAGCGAAUUUAUUUUUGUAAUUUUAGUUUGCACAAUUCUAUGGCUAAUGGAACCUACUGUGGAAAAGCAAAGACCUAGCUGCCAUUCUAUGACUAUUGUGGGCAAAAACAUUGUCGAUAUUUUGGUAAUGCUGAAAACUAAAUUUUGUAAUUGCGGUGUUUCUAUUAAACAAGAAAUGCAAUUAAAAUUAGGGUUGAAUAAAUUUGUUCCUGCGAUAUACCAUUUAAUAAAACAUGCUGCGCCAUCAUCUGUCUUCUACUUCCUGUCGUCUUCUUCCUCUUUUCUGCCAGCGAUAUCAUCCGGUUGUUGUUGAUGCAAAAACCUUUAAUGGAAAUGGGUUUUUUUCCUGAAUUGCCAUUUUGUAAUUGCAAUUCGCUCAAUGGAAACUCAGCUAGUGCUCUCCUUGCCAGCAAUGAUUUUAUUUCUGCCACCUUGAAUAUAGGAGCUUUGGGAGUAACGUCCACAUUGAAAUACUUGUGCAUCAUUGUCACAUUAACGUAUUCAGCCUUCACUGUAUAUGCAAGCAAUAUUAAAGCUACACAAAUUAAAGUU